CGACCAUCACUCUGCCUUCAGGGGUCUAGCAGAGCCACAAAAAAGACUGAAAAAGAUAGUCAUUCAAAAUUCCACUGCAGGACAGUUCGCACUAAGAAUUUCAGUAGUCCACUUUUGCAUAUCGGAAGCAUGACAAAUUUGUUUGGAUCGAUCUCAAGGUUGAGCUUAUGCGAAUCUGAAUGUGAAUCCGGUAGCACGAAUUCAACACGUGAUUGUGCAAAGCCGAACAACAGGUGACUGCAACCCAAAACGAGACGCCCAUAAAAAAAACCUGUCCAUCCAGAGUCCACUGACUAAUCACUUAUUGCUGGUUAUCCAUCUCUACAGAAAUCCUUAAGAGCUCAUAAUGGCUACAGAUAAUGAUAUUUUGGAUAUUAUAAAGGCAAUUAAACGUGAUGAAAAUGAUACCUCAGUUGAAUUUCCUUUUGAGCGAAUUUCACGUUUGCUUCUUGAUGAAAAAGGUCUUCCAGAUGCCCUGGUUGAAUGUAUUGUAAGUGCUGCCUUCGAUCCAUCACUUAUAAGGCUGAAAGGUUUUGAGUUGUUAUUUCCUGGUCUUUGGAAAUGUGCGUUUCUAAGAGCAUCAGAGGUAAACUGGAGAUCAUCGCAAGUGUUUCCUGUGUUGAAUCAAAUUGUACGGUUCAACUCUUUUGUAGACUUCGCUGACCAGUUUGCAUCUAUCCUAGUCACUUCAGUUGAAAAAGCCUCUAAAUUAUAUAUGUUCGACGCGGAUUGUAUUUCGUUUUUAGAUGCACUUUUACAGUUUGGCAUGAAACACAAUGUUGACUUGAAUGAUGCCCUUUUAAAAAGCGUCAUUAUUUGUGGUAAUGAAUUCGAUUCGUCAUGUAAGGAUGACUCACUGUGGAAUCGGUUGAUUUUAAUAAUAAAGUUGAUAAACUUAAUGAAAUCAGUCGACGUUACUAACAAUUUGUUGGAAUCGCUGAAACAACCGAUUUCAUUUUGCUUGGACUGCUUGAAGACUAAAAGAUUUUCCAGCAUGAGUAAACAGUUCUGUCUUGUCCUUCAGUUUUUGGCUGCUUUGACAACUUUGUAUCAGUCGCUUAAAUGGUUAGAAGAUUUUUGCUGUAAAUCUAAUAACGGUGAACCAUUUAUAUUAAUUGUUACCACUGUCAUCAUUGAACUGCGUCUGUAUCUGGCUUACCGACGGUCACCUAACAGAUAUAAGAGCAUUUAUAAACAACAGUCAUUUGUGGAGUUGAGUACUCGGAGUAGUACUGUACACCGCUUUCCUACAGAUAUCAUGGUUGACGUGGUAUGUUUCCUCUAACUUUAUACAUUUCCUUAUUUUGAUGGGUUUAUUGUUAGUUAUGGCACAUUUUAUUAGAUGUUCAACGUUAACUCCGCUAAAUUUUGUGUCCAAGUGAUUCUCACCGACUAUGCUUCAUUUGUUCAUCAGAAUCAUAUUCCUUACAUGGUUAUUCAGUUAAGUUAAUAAUUACUGAACCUUUUUUAGAUGCUCUAAAAUUUAGUCAAGAAAUACGAAUUUUGUUUUGGAAGUAUCCGUUCCAAAGUCAGAAAAUAACCUGUAUAUGUUUGGAAAAUCAUCAUUUAGGCUGGUGUAGCAAACUAUUCCCAGAUAUUUAAAAAGUUUUAAUAUUUUUUGAAUCAAAAAAUGGUUUUAAAGAUUACAGGUUAAAGCCGUAAUAGAACAUUGAUCUUCAAACUUUGAAGUUUCAUUAGCUUUAAGGUUGUUUUUACGGGUUAGAGUUAUUAAUCUCACACACAACUUUCCCUCUUUCCCAG